UAUAAAAACAAUUUUAGGAAUCGAAUGAAGGAUAACUAAACGCAAGUAAUCUAAUUUACUUUGAUUGAAAUCAUGCCACUUGCUCAAUUGGCAGAUCCUUGGCUUGGGAUUCAUGUGGCUGAAGAUGCGGAGAUGUUUGCUUCACAAGAAGAUUUGACACAUGUUGAACAUUCAACAACAGAAACUACCAAACCAAGCACUGAAUUUGAUUUGAGUAAUAUGGUUAAAAAGUCUAAUAAAGUAAUGAAGGCUGAGCCAUCACACUUUGAAUUAUUAAAAGUCCUUGGACAAGGUUCUUUUGGAAAGGUUUUUAUGGUAAGAAAGAUUGUAGGAAAAGAUGCAGGACAUAUUUAUGCUAUGAAAGUUCUAAAAAAGGCAACACUAAAAGUUCGUGAUCGUGUUCGUACAAAAAUGGAGCGAGACAUCCUUGCAGAAGUUGAGCAUCCUUUUAUUGUUGAUUUGCAUUAUGCUUUUCAAACAGAGGGCAAGCUCUACUUAGUGCUUGGUUUUCUUCGUGGAGGUGAUUUAUUUACUCGACUUUCAAAAGAGGUCAUGUUUACUGAAGAAGAUGUAAAAAUAUACUUGGCAGAGCUUGCAAUGGCUCUUGAUCAUUUACAUAGGCUUGGAAUAGUCUACAGAGAUUUGAAACCAGAGAAUAUUCUGUUAGAUGUAGAUGGACACAUUAAGUUAACUGACUUUGGUCUUAGUAAAGAAAGCAUCUAUGAUGUAGAAAAUAAAACUUAUUCUUUUUGUGGCACAGUUGAAUAUAUGGCUCCUGAGGUUGUUAAUAGAAGAGGACAUGGAACUGCUUCAGAUUGGUGGUCAUAUGGUGUAUUAAUGUAUGAAAUGCUGACUGGUUCUUUACCAUUCCAAGGUGCAAAUAGAAAAGAAACAAUGCAACAGAUAUUAAAAGCUAAGCUUGGAAUGCCACACUUCUUAAGUCGAGAAGCCCAAUUAUUGUUGAGAGCGCUUUUUAAAAGAAAUCCACAAAAUAGAUUAGGAUAUAAAGAUGGUUUAGAAGAAAUCAAAGAGCAAGAAUUUUUUCAAUCUUUGGAUUUUGAAAAAUUAUACAAAAAAGAAAUUGAGCCACCAUUUAAACCAGCUGUUUCAAGAUUAGAUGACACAUUUUAUUUUGACAAAGAGUAUACCUCUAGGGAAGCAAAAGAUUCCCCAGCUGUCCCACCUAGUGCGGGUGCUAAUCAAUUGUUUCGUGGGUUCAGCUAUGUUGCACCUUCAGUAUUGAGUUCAGGACUCGAAGGAGGCUUUCAAGGUAUAGAAGAAGGAAUGGAGUUUACUGAUUCUUCCAAUGGAAGUGUCCAAUCUAAUGGCGAUGUACCCUCUGAUCGAUAUGACACAUCUAUUUAUGACCAGUAUGAUAUUAGAGAGGAAAUAGGUAUGGGAGCUUUUUCAGUUUGUAAACAAUGUUUUCAUAAAGCAAGUGGGUGUGAGUUUGCAGUCAAGAUUGUUGAUCAAAGUAAAAGAGAUCCAACUGAAGAAGUUCAGAUAUUGCUUCGAUAUGGACAACAUCCAAACAUAUGUACUCUGCGUGAUGUUUUUGAUGACGGAAAGUAUACAUAUAUGGUAAUGGAGAGGUGUCGUGGAGGAGAACUUCUAGAAAAAAUUUACAAGCAAAAGUAUUUAUCUGAAAAAGAAACUGCAUAUAUUAUGGAUGUACUUGCUAAAACCAUAGAUUAUCUACACCAGCAAGGAGUUGUCCAUCGUGACUUACAACCAAGUAACAUUUUAUUUGCUGACGAACUACGCAAUCCAGAUAGUAUAAGAAUUGUUGAUUUCGGUUUUGCAAAACAAAUGAGAGCAGAGAAUGGUCUUCUAAUGACACCUUGUUACACAGCUAAUUUUGUUGCUCCUGAGGUAUUAAAGAAACAAGGGUAUGAUGCUGCUUGUGAUAUUUGGUCUUUAGGUGUUUUAAUGUAUACUAUGCUAUCUGGGCGUACACCUUUUGCUGCUGGACCUGAAGAUACACCUGCAAUGAUUUUAACUAGAAUUGGUCAAGGAAAUAUUGUAUUAAAUGGAGGUUCAUGGGAUAAUGUUACUGAUUCAGCUAAGAAUUUACUUCGAAAAAUGCUUUAUGUUGAUCCUUCACAACGACUUUCAGCUGCACAAGUGCUUCAACAUCCAUGGCUUCGUUUUAAAUCCUCAAUUCCUGAUCGCAAGAUGACAUUAAAUGAAACUGCAUCAAGAAUCAAAGAAGCAGUUAAAAACACUUUUAGCGCAGUCCAUAAAGCUCCAGAUACCAAACCUCUAUCAGGUGUUCAGUCUUCAGGUCUUCACCAAAGGCGGGCUGGUAAGGGAAAGUUGCCUUGGGGUCAUAAGAAGUAAAAUAAUAGGAUUUAUUAGAAAUAUGAAUUAAUCACUGAGCUUCAUAACGAAAUAGAUAAGUGAACCGUUUUGAUCUAUUUGUCAUAAUAGAGUCGCAAACUAUGUAGUUAACUCCGUUAUUUGUCUUUUUAUUCUGUAGAACUUAGAUAAAUAUAUAUAUAUAUAUAUAU